AUGACAUUCUUCCCGCAAGGCAUUUAUAAUGGGGAUCUGUUGAUGAUGAUUGGAACAGCGGCCAAGACACCGAAGCCAUAUCAAGCGCUUGCUCAAGCUGGAACAACAUUGCAAGCGCCAUUUGAUCCAUUUUCUGAUCUAUGGACCAGGUCGGAAGAGGAUCGUAUACGUAUGCACCGUCAGAAAACAUAUGACUUGGAUCUUUUAGAGCUUAGGAUCCAAAAGGAUCUAAGGGAGCAUGAAGAUCUAUAUAUUCAAUAA